AUGCUGACGGACGCCUACCGCGACGAACGCCCCGGGAUCCGCAUCGCCUACAGGACGGACGGCCACCUCCUUAACCACAGGUUGAUGCACUUCCAGUCGCGUGUAUCCACAACUCCCGUCCACGACCUUCUCUUCGCCGACGACUACGCCCUCAACGCCACCUCCGAAUGGGACAUGCAAAGGAGCAUGGAACUCUUCGGCGCCGCUUACGACAACUUCGGCCUGGUCAUCAACACAGAGAAAACGCUGGUUAUGCGUCAACCGAAAUACAACGCUGUUUACGUCGCAUGUCAAAUAACUGUGAACGGCGCCCAACUCGAAAGCCGUGCACAACUUCACCUUACUGGGCAACACCCUCUCCGCAACACCAAAAUCGACGAUAAGACGGCCAGCCGGACUUUCAAAGCCAGCCAAACCUUCGGCCGUCUGAAAAGCACAGUCUGA